UUGCAUCGCAUCAUUGCAUGUGGUUCCGUUCCUUCUUUACGAUACUUAAUUCUAGAUUUGAGAUGACAAACAUUCCCAGCUCGGGAACCGCAUCCGAAAGAAUGAAGAACUUGUGUUUUUUACGGGUAAUUUCCUUGCUGCUUCUCCUCCGACUCGGUGACUCUGGCUCGACCGUGAGGCGUCUUCCCGGUUUCCAAGGUCCUCUUCCUUUCGAGCUCGAAACAGGUUAUGUCGGCGUUGGCGAGGCGGAUGAAGCGCAGCUUUUCUACUACUUCGUGAAGUCCGAGAGAAAUCCAAGAGAAGACCCUCUAAUGGUGUGGUUAAGCGGAGGGCCCGGCUGCACCUCGCUAUCCGGCCUUGCUUACGAGAUCGGUAACUCCAAUGAUUAUUAGAAGAGAU